UUGUUGUGAUUUGUUUUCAGAUAGAGGAAAGAGAGAGAGCGAGUAUGAACAGCAGCAUAAGAACGGGAGGCGAGACAAAUGGAACAGGGGUUUCCCUAAUGAGCUGAUGUCUGGGAUUAUUAACCGAAUACCCCUUUGACAUUUUAAUUUCCUCAAGCAGAGUGAAUCAUUGAUAGUAGCCUGGUGUUUUGUUGCUUCAUCUAUCUGCUAUGAAACGCGGCAAUUUGAGGCUUCCUUUAGUUGUUUGUAGGGAUAAAGAAAUAUAACAAAUCCUGUGUCAGUUUAUGAAAUAUUUCCGCUGCCAAGUAGGCAACUAGUUGCGACAGGUGCGCACUGAGCGAGACCAGGAUGGGCAGGCGGGAAAUUCGCAGAGACCACCGCAGCAGCAGCAGCGUGAUGAGCACUGAAGACCGGUCAGAACGGAGGGAGAACAUGCAGGACACGGCAGAUACCGAAAUCGGCAAUGAUGGCUCCGAGACCUCAAGUCUGGACAGCCGUCGUCUCCUCAGCGGGGACAAGCGCCCCAGCCACACCGGGGAAAGUGUCUCUAUGCCGGUGGAAGUGAAGAAGCACCAACAUAAACACAAUUUGAAACACCGCUACGAGGUAAUGGAGACGCUGGGAAAAGGCACCUACGGGAAAGUGAAGAGGGCGGUGGAGAGAACGACCAGGAAGACAGUGGCCAUCAAGUCAAUUCGUAAGGAGAGCAUCACUGAUGAUCUGGACAGAGUUCAUAUCCAGAGAGAGAUAGAAAUCACCUCCGCCCUCAAACACCCCUACAUCAUACGCUUCCACGAGGUGUUUGAGAGUCGUGAUAAGAUAGUGAUAGUGAUGGAGUACGCCAGCAGAGGGGAGUUGUAUGACUACGUCAAUGAGAGGAGGAGACUGGUGGAGACAGAGGCCAGAGACCUCUUCAGACAAAUCACCUCCGCCGUGCACUACUGCCACACGAAUGGCGUGGUCCAUCGAGAUCUGAAGCUGGAGAACAUUCUACUAGACCAGGACCUGAACGUCAAGCUGGCUGACUUUGGCCUGUCCAACCGCUUUAAGAAGGACAAUUUGCUCCAGACGUACUGUGGGAGUCCUCUCUACGCCUCCCCAGAGAUAGUCAAGGGACUGCCCUAUCAUGGCCCAGAGGUGGACUGCUGGGCUAUGGGAGUCUUGCUGUAUGCGCUGGUGUAUGGCAGUAUGCCGUUUGACGGGGCCAGCUACAGAGCGCUCACAGAGCAGAUCAGCCAGGGACGCUACCGCAGACCAAACCCUCCCUCAGACGCCUGUGCCCUGAUUGACUGGCUGCUGACGGUGCGUGUAGAGGAGAGGGCCACGGUGGAGGACAUAGCCAACCACUGGUGGGUCAACUGGGGCUAUGAGGACAGUGUAUGUGACUGCCCCUCAUCCCCCCACCAGGACUGCCCCUCCCCGCUGCUCGCCCGCUACAUCGACUGGCAGAACCGGGUUGCCACGGCAACCAGUUGCCCGAGCUCUGACCCUGCCGCUCACCCUCACCCGUUCUACUUCAGCUUCCCCCUGAAGGGUGAUCGCGGGGGAGGGGGGAGGUCGAGGGGGGAGAGGUCAAGUUUAAGGAAGUCGCGUAAGGUGAACACUAUUCCCCAGAAUGCACUGGGAGCAUGUAGUCCAGUUUGUACGACAACUGCCAUCAACACCACCACCACUGCCGCCUCCAUUUCCUCUUCCUCCUUAGGCCAGGUCGAGAGGAAGAAACCAAAGGGGAUUCUGAAACCCCAGCGGAGCUUUGAUUCAACCUUCCUGCCCCCUCCUAAAGUGAUGGGGGAGAACUCCUCCACCAAGCCCUGCAACCUGCCUCCCCAGCCCCACAGAGCUCACACACACACUCACUCACACAGUGAUGGUCUGUCCACAAGCCUGCCUGCCCCCUCUAUGUUCUCCCAUUCCUCCUCCAAGAUGCCCAAGAAGGGGAUCCUAAAGAACCUGUAUGGUGGUGAGUCAGGGUACUGCUCAUCCCCAGAGAGAGGUAUGUCUGGAGCGGGCACAGGAGUAGGAGGUAGAAGGGUUGAUGGAGAUAUGUGCUGCUCUUACGAUCACCGCUCCCCCAGCUCAGAGCACAGUCCAACGAUGCGGACGGAAGCAGUGAGAAGGAGGAAAGGCAUUCUAAAGCGCAAUGGCAAGUUCUCACACAGCCUGGACCUCCCUGAUGCCCUUCAUCCCUCCUUAUCCUCAGCUCUGGCCCAUUUCCCUGAGGCACUGCACCAGCUCCAUCAGGCCUCUGGGGGCAGCAGACCCCCCAGCGUGGUGAGUGAGGACAGCCUCCUCUCCUCCGAUUCUUUUGACCUGCUGGACCUCAGCGCCCAAUCACGCCGCAGGAUCUUCUCCCGGGGCACCCAAUGCAGUGCUUGCAGCUCAGAAGAGGAACUCGAGGACCCGGUAGCAAGGGCGGCAGACGGGAUUGGAUUAGGAAGAGGGCGGGGCAGAGAGGAGGAAGAUGAGAUGUCAUUGGAGGAGAGACAGGAGAUGCUAAGAUAAGAUAAAGGUUGCGUUCCCCUGCUCAACCAAUGGUUGCAUGCCACAUCAUCGACUGUCCCGUCGGGCACCAGAUUGCUAUAACAUAUGAUGUGGGUAGCUGAUACAUAAAAUACCUAUCCAGGUGUUGUAAGAUCUGGCAUGAGUCAUUAACGCCUGGGUAGAGCAAUGUGCCCACAAUAUGAUAAGCCUAAGAGAUGACUGGACGCUUGUAAUAUCAGUUACUGGUGCUGUCUGAUAGGCCCAAAUUACUGACAGACUUUGUCUUUGCUAACCACAUGACAAAUAACAAUAAAGAAUUCAGCGGAAGCACCUAGUCAUACAACCUGCAGUGAUCAUAUGUUGAAGGAAAGUCAUCAAGAAAUGGUUCAUUUCAUCAAGGUCAGUUACUGAUUGGAAUGGAUUGAGACUGCUGUCCUAGUGAUGGGAUAAAACACCUUUGGACUCUUUAACUGUGUGAAUGAAACCAUCACUGACUUUAAGGACUCCUAUGUGAACUAACAAAACACUGUAAAGGAGACCACAUGGCAUUCCCAAUCUGGCCCUCAUACCAUCAUGGCCAUCUAAUCAUCCCCUACUUCCAGUUGGAUCAUUCAUCCCCCCUCCUCUCCCCUGUAACUAUUCCCCAGGUCGUUGUUGUAAAUGAGAAUGUGUUUUCAGUCAACUUACCUGGUAAGAUAAGGGUAAAAAAUAAAAUCCUGUGGACACGAAGCUAAUGUGCAAUGUUAAGACAUAGUUCAAAUGGUUCCUUUAAUUCAAGCUGUUUGUAGCAUCAGACUUGAAUUGUUUGAUUCCUGCAUGGGCCAAAUAUACUGUAUAAUAUACCCAUUUGAUGUGUUAUUUCUAAGUCACUUUGGUUAAAACAAUGAUCUAAAUGUCUUUGACUGGGGUGAAACCAAAUGGUGUCAACGUGGAUGUGUUAUCUCUGUGCCACAAGACAUGUAAUAUUACUCUUAUUUCAUCUGAUUUCACCGACAGCAUGAGCCUUCAGAUAUAUAUAUGAUCUCUGAGGUCACAAGAGGCUGACUGAUGGCAUUUUACCAUGGAAUGUGAUCUUAUGGUCAAACAGACUGGAAGAUUGAAUGAGACUUUGAGGAUUUUAAAUCUGGGAUCUGUGUGCUGGAAAAGUGUAAGGGUAUGUGAUUACAUUUUACUGGGAGGCAAGGAGGUAGUUACAUAAAGUAUUAUUGCUUUGGUUUUUGGAUUGGUUCAACCGUUUUGGUACUGUGAAAGAAAAAAUAAAUACAAGGAAUGA